UCACGUUGAGUAACCAGUAAAGGGCAGGGAGUGUGUCUUGGUGCGCAGAGGGGAAAGGACUGAGGAUAGUUAUGUUUGCACUCUGGAUGCUGAAGCUCAUUCGCUGUGAGACACUUCAACAAGGUUUUGCUCAGCACAGAGUCAGCACCUUACCUCACUCUUCACAGAAAAAAAAAAAGCUGCUAAUACCUCUGGAAGGUUAUGCUCACAGUCAAAUAAUCCAAAGUUCAGAAAAGCCGGUGGAAUUUGAGAGCGGAUUAUUCCCUUAAAUGCGUUACAGCAACGGGAAGACUUUACUUUUUCCCCCUUUUCUAACUUCUUCAGCUGUACUCUCUCUGAAGCUUUUUGCCAGACUUUGAUUUAAAUGGAUAGUAUUUUGCAUGCUUUUUUAAUAUUGUUUUAUCAUUCAUAGAAUCCUGGGAUUUAGUACAUAAUGAAGACACACUAUUUUGGAUGCUGAUAUACCUCUCACUUCUGGUGCACUUUUGAGCACUUUAAGGGAAUUUAGGAACCAACAGAAUCUGGUACUUUAGAUAACAAGUCAUCUCUUCGUUUUUUUAUACAAAAAAAAGAUGGCUUUUGGAGACCUCCUUGAACAAGUGGGCAGCACAGGACGCUUCCAGAUCUUACAUGUGACCCUCCUUUGCAUACCCGUCCUGAUGAUGGCCAGCCACAACCUGCUGCAGAACUUUGUGGCUAAUGUUCCCCCUCACUACUGCAGCCCUCAUUCCAACAUCUCUCAGUCCCAUCUCAGCCCUGAAGAAACUCUGCUCAUCACUGUGCCACGAGACCAAGCAGGGAAACCGCACAGGUGCCAGCGCUAUGUUACCCCACAAUGGGACCUUUUGGCUAACAAUGGGAGCUCUUAUCUGGAAGAGGAUGUGGGGGAUGUUAACCUGCAGGGGUGCGUGGAUGGAUGGUCCUACAACAUGACUGAGAUGACCUCAACAAUCAUAUCUGAUUGGCAUUUGGUGUGUGACCUGCGUUCUCUAAAGCAAAUGGGACAAACUGUCUACAUGGGGGGUGUGCUCCUGGGGGCUCUUCUUUUUGGAGGUCUUUCAGACAGAUAUGGCCGUCGCAACCUCCUGCUGUUUUCGAACCUGCUCAUGGCAGUGUCAGGGACAUGUGCUGCCUUCUCAUCCUCCUUCCCUCUCUUCUGCUUAUUCCGGUUCGGUUGCGGAAUGGCUCUGUCUGGCCUGGGACUCAACACCUUCUCACUCAUUGUUGAGUGGAUCCCCACUCGUGUGCGGACAGUCACAGGGACAAUCACAGGCUACUGUUACACGUUAGGACAGUUGCUUCUGGCAGCCAUCGCCUACUUCCUCCGGGACUGGAGGUGGUUAACCCUGGCUGUAUCAUUGCCCUUCUAUGUUUUCUUCCUAUUCUCAUGGUGGUUUCAUGAAAGUUCGAGAUGGUUAGCACUGAACAAUAAGCCCGAACAAGCUGUCAAAACACUUCAAAGCGUGGCUAGAUUUAACGGGCGCCAUGAGGAGGCUGAAAAAAUUGACAUUAAAAUGCUUCAAGAGUCCAUGAAAAAAGAGAUGUCCUGCUCCCAUGGGUCCUAUACCAUCUUGGAUCUCUUCCGCACUCCCAAAAUGCGCAUCAUGACCAUCUGCCUCAGUGCUGUCUGGUUAUCAACCAGCUUUGCCUAUUAUGGUCUUGCUAUGGAUCUUCAGAAGUUUGGGGUGGACAUCUACUUGAUACAAGUGAUCUUCGGAGCGGUGGACAUCCCUGCUAAAGUUGUUGUAACUGUAUGCAUGAGUUUCAUCGGACGGAGGCCAUCACAAUCCGGUUCUCUUAUCAUUGCCGGAGUAACCAUUUUGAUCAACGUGCUGGUUCCUUACGAUAAACCGACCGUACGGACCUGUCUGGCUGUGGUGGGCAAAGGUUGUCUUGCAGCAUCAUUCAACUGCUGUUACCUUUACUCUGGAGAGCUCUACCCCACCAUCAUUCGACAGAAUGGCAUGGGAUGGGUGUCCAUGAUGGCCCGUGUGGGAGCUAUGGUGGCCCCCAUGGUGCUGCUGGCUGGGGACUACACUCCUUGGCUACCGGGUCUAAUCUAUGGAGGAGCGCCGAUCCUUUCUGGGGUGGCGGCAUUAUUUCUGCCAGAAACACUUGGAGCACACCUUCCUGACACAAUACAGGACGUGGAAGACAGGGAAUCUGAGAAAUGUGGGUCUGAGAAAACAAAACCUGAGACAAGCUCCAUAUUGACACCCAAGGAAGCCAUGAUUUUGCAAGACACCCAAUCAAAUCUCCUCAAGCAGGCUGUCUGAGAGCACUGACCGAUACUCCUCAUGCGUUUGCUGUUGUGAUAGUGAUGGUAAAAUGGGGAUCGUCUUUUACUUGUACCUUCUUUUCUGUCACUUGUACAUUUGAUUUCGAGAGAGAGUUUAUUUUGUCUUAAAACUGCUGGACCAAUGGUGUAGCAAUGUUAUUUUAGGUCAAUGAGAGGGUAAACAAUCAGUUUGUUUGGUAUUGAAAUAGUGGCUGAUGAAUAUAUUUUGUAUCAAUGUUUGUUUAUGUGAAAAAAGUAGGAUUUUUUAAAGCUUCCAUUAGAUUGUAGACUGUACGGUUUUAUUGCUUCUUAUCUCUUAACAGCCAACUUUGUAUUUGUAAACAAAACUUCGUCGUGCAUAUUACUGUGGUAAAAAAUAGAACAAGAAACCACAGCAACAGUUUGAUUAAAGGAGAACUUGUGUGCCUCCACAGUUCAUUGUUUGGGUCUCCCUUUUUCUCUAUUCAGAGAAAAGAAAUCAAUCAGUGAACCUUUAAAC